AUGAUUCUUCUUUUUUUUCUGCUUCGAUGUUCUUCUCCUUCUUCUUCUUUCUUCGAUUUCCUUCUUUGUUUUCUUUUUCUUCUUCUUCUUCUUCUUCUUCUUCUUCUUCUUCUUCUUCUUCUUCUUCUUCUUCGAGUUUCUCCUUCGAUUUUCUUCUUCUUUUUCUUCUUUCUACUUCGAGUUUCUUCUUCUUCUUCGAUUUUCUUCUUCUUCUUCUUUCUACUUCGAGUUUCUUCUUCUUCUUUGAUUUUAUUCUUCUUCUUCUUCUUCUUCGAUUUUCUUCUUCUUCUUCUUUCUGGUUCGAGUUUCUUCUUUGAUUUUCUUCUUUUUCUUCUUCUUCUUCUUCUUUCUGCUUCGAGUUUUUUCUUCUUUCUGCUUCAAGUUUCUCCUGCGAUUUUCUUCAUCUUUUUCUUCUUUCUACUUCGAUUUUCUUCUUCUUCUUCGAUUUUCUUCUUCUUCUUCGAUUUUCUUCUUCUUCUUCGAGUUUCUUCUUCUUCUUUGAUUUUAUUCUUUUUCUUCUUUUUCUUCUUCUUUUUCUUCUUUCUUCUUCGAUUUCUUCUUCUUCUUCUUCUUUUUCUUCUUCUUUCUGAUUCGAGUUUCUUUUUCACUAUGAACCCAACCGUCUUAUUCACACAUCCUUUUCUUCAGCAUUUUUCUCUUCUCUGCUGCUUGAGUAUUAUUUUCACUCACCCACUCUCUCUCUCUCUCUUUAUUUUUCAUAUUCAUUCCCCUUCUUUUCAUUGUCUUCCUUUUUCCUUCCACAAUCGCUUCACCCGCACCAAAUCCGUCGCUCUCCUUCGUCAACAGAAACCGAAUUUCGCCACAAUUCUAUGCCCCAAUGACAUAGAUAUUUUAAUCUAUCUAUCUAUCUAUCUAUCUAUCUAUCUAUCAACGUACCUACCUCAGUCUAUUAAUUAUCUAUUUAUCUCCCUCUCUCUCUCUCUCUCUCUCUCUCUAUCUAUCUAUCUAUCUAUCAACGUACCUACCUACCUCAGUCUAUUAAUUAUCUAUCUAUCUAUCUAUCUAUCUAUCUAUCUAUCUAUUUCAGUGUAUUCAUUAUCUAUCUAUCUAUCUAUCUAUCUAUCUAUCUAUCUAUCUAUCUAUCUAUCUAUCUAUCUAGAUAGAUAG